UUGCUGUCCUUCGUGCAAUCCUACCUGGUAGUGGCUUUCGUCUUGAACUGAUUUCAGUGACCCAAAUCAGUGAAUGCUAGAGUAAACAAGUAUGUGAACCAAUAAAGAAGCUCGAAGCGCAAGAAACGGCGUAUAUAUAAGCAGCGCCGUUGCAUGAACGGUAAACAGACUAAUGGUGCGCGCAUUUAGUAUGUCUGCGCCCUCCUUGCCGUUUGAGGAGGUGACUUUUAACCUUAAUGAGACAAAAAUAGCGCGCUCGUAGCUUUUACUUUCGCAAAUGCAGCGGUCAUGUCGCACAGAAACUAUAGCUAGCCCUUUUUUCAACCUAAAUAUGCGCAUACGCAAGGAUAUUUUGUGUGCUUUUAUAUGUGUACGUGAAAAGAACGAAGCAAGUGUGUAUGUUAUAUGUGAUUUUUUUAAUAGCCGGAUGUACUUGGUGAAAGCUAUCUCUGUCCUUUGUUUCUUUUUCUUUUUUUUUUUCCAGAAGAACCUGAGUAUACACAAGCCACGGCAAGCAAGAAGACCGCAGAGGCGGCUGCAUAAAGAAGAGCAUCCACUUUGCGAGCAGCGACCCCGUGCCGGAAGCCAGAGAUGAGCGAGUGAGAAACCCAGCUGCGCAAUGCCAGCCCUCGGAGAAGCGAACGGCUCGUGGGACAGCCCGGCGUACAGCCUGCUGGAUUUACUCAAUGGCGCCAACACGUCCUCCGUGGAGCUCCAAGUCCUGGGCAACGGAACGGUGCUGGAUAUCGUGCGUGACGCCAACCUCUCGCUGCUGGAGGAGAGCGACGCGAACGCGACGGCAGCGACCGUAGAGUCGGCCCACGUUCAGCACGCGGCCCUCGGAGUGCUGCUGGGAUUUUUCUGUAUCGCGACUGUAUUCGGUAACGUGCUUAUCAUGGUCUCUGUGGCCAAGGAGCAGUACCUGCACACCGUGACUAACUACUUUAUCGCAUCAUUAGCGACGGCGGACUGUCUGGUGGGCGCCGUGGUCAUGCCGUUUUCGGCCAUCCACGAAAUUAUGAACAAGUAUUGGAUAUUCGGCCAGGACCUGUGCGACGUCUGGCACUCCAUCGACGUCCUGGCCAGCACCGCGUCCAUCCUCAACCUCUGCGUCAUAUCGCUGGAUCGCUAUUGGGCCAUCACCGAUCCCAUCAGCUACCCGUGCCGUAUGACGCAGGCCAGGGCGACCACCCUGAUCGCCGUCGUAUGGGUCUGCUCCGCGCUCAUCUCGUUUCCGGCCAUCGCCUGGUGGCGUGCCGUGACCAAGCUGCCGCCUGCCGCUUUCCAGUGCGCCUUCACUGACGAUGUGGGCUACCUGGUGUUCUCGUCGACCAUAUCCUUCUACGCGCCACUUAUGGUCAUGGUGUUCACGUACUACCGCAUCUACAAAGCCGCCGCUGAGCAGACGCGAAAUCUCAAGCUCGGCUGCAAGCAGGUGCAGUCCUGCAAUGGCGAAGAAUCGACCUCUGUGACUCUCAGAAUUCACCGCGGAGGCAUGCUGCAGACGGCCAACAACUACAAGGCAGUGUUUGCGACUUCUAACGACACCUUCGACCGGAACAACGCGACUGGCACAUCCAGAAACGUCAAGAACUUCUCGCUGAGCCGUAAGCUCGCCAAGCUUGCCAAAGAGCGGAAGGCUGCCAAGACGCUCGCCAUUGUCAUGGGAGUGUUCAUCCUCUGUUGGCUGCCUUUUUUCGUCACUAAUAUCUUGAUGGGUAUUUGCGGUGAGGCAUGCGUGAUGCAGCCGGACCUCGUGUUCUCCACAGUCACCUGGCUUGGCUGGAUUAACUCGGGCAUGAACCCGGUCAUCUACGCCUGCUGGAGCAGAGACUUUCGACGGGCUUUUGCGAACGUGCUUUGUUGCUGCUGCCCUGGCUACUUCCGCAAGCGGCAGCGUCGCCGCGACCGGCUUCGACGCAUGAUCAAGGAGGACGCCAGCCUGCGCUCGCAUAGCAUCGAGGAGGCUGUGCUAUAGCGACCGUCACUGGACAUUGUCUAGCUACCUGUCGCUUGCAUGACUGGCAGCGCAGACGACUGUGGCAGGAGCUGUUAUGAUCGCCAUACGGGUUGUUGUAUGCUACAUCUGACGUUCCUGAGCUCGUUGUACGGAUAAGCUAACUUCCCCGUAUCACAACAGCUUCAUGUUAAGCGGCCGAUCGCUCACUUCUAAGAAAAGAACACAACGAUUUUAAAUUCGUUGCAUUUCUGUCAGGUAUGAAAAGUGCAGUGGAUCCUAUAAAGUAAGUCGAAAAUUUACUGUAGUAACGAAGUAUUAUUACAUUUAUACACACGACUAUUGUAUACACACGUAUCUCGAGCAUAAUAAAUGUCUAGGCGACUGAGUGCAACUGCGAAUACAUUAUCAGGCAACGUCAAACCAAAAGCACAAGUUUAUUGGGCUGAGAAAUUGGUGGCGGUUUAUGCACGAGGGGAGCAUUACGAGCAACAAGGUGGAUGGCUUUGGAGCAUCUGUAAAUUGGGUGGAAUCCAGAGAAAGACACAACGUACAAAGAAGUAGUAAACAGUGGGAGAAGCUGGCACUAACAACACUAGUUCCAUCUUGUUGUGUCGACUACUUCUUUGCAUGUUGUGUUUUCAGCUGGAUUCCUUUCGAUUUAAGCACGUACACAUGUAGCUAUAACUGACUUUUCACCGUUGAAGCUACUUCAAGUAAAACAUAUAAUUAGCUACGAUCAGUGAUGAGUACAUGCAAGGUAAGCGAUUGCGUCGCUCCAACUUUUCAGCACUCCAACUUUGUUUUUGUUACUGUCGUAGCGCUGGUUGUAUAAAGGCUGCAGGUGCGUAGUAAGCGUACCCUGUAUAGGACGUGAGGUCUAAAUUUAUUGGCACAUAUUUCACUUAUAUGUGUCAGAACUAUGUCGAAGGAAACAAUGAUGAAUUGCUUAACGAAUAAAAAGUGUUAUCUACGAUUUUCUUACUUCACACCCCUGAAACACAUAUUGUUUCAUAUAGCGAUCUACAGGUGAUGUAACCGAGAAAAAAAUGUGGUUUGUUCUAAUGGAAGAGGAAACAGAAACAAAACUUGUCACAAAGCCAAAAAUGCUUUGUGCCAUGUUCCUGCUAUGCGCUGCAUUUUCCCACCCAUAUUUGUACGACUAUCAAUAGCAGCGUACAAAAUAGAGUUCUUCAGCCACUGCGCACACUUUUAUAAGCGCACUGAACCGAGCUCCCGUCUGCGUCUGCUUCUGUCUGAAUCAGAGGCAGAUCCACACUUACGAGACAGCACGUAAGUAACGAGCUCAAUGAAGUAUUUUUGUGAUGUGAACGUUUUACUUAUGGCACUCAUUGUACCUCUUGUGUGUAAUGUUGAUUCAUCGCACGCUUUCUGGUCAUCAAGCCCGUAUAAGAGGCUAAAUAAUCCAUCCUGAUUUAAAUAUGUACUGAAGGAGAAGCUGACGUUUUAUGAGGAUGCCAGCUUCUCCUUUUCCCCACGAGUUUCCACAAACCUAGUAACAAAUGUUCAUUUGAUUCAUGUUGGGCUGCUGAUAUUCAUUGCGCUCAGUUAGCUUUCUCCUAAUUGUUCGGGUGAGUGAGUUUAUAUUUCUUUUGCAGAGACAAUUACCAUAUUGGCAGUCUGGUGUGUGACAUACAAGUGUAUAUGCUGUAUGCUUACGUUAUCAUGUUUUUGAGCAUGAGCGCUUUUCAUUUCUUGCGCAUACGCAAAGCUUAUUUAUCGUUGAACACAUGUACAUAGUAUCGGUAUGAACGUCGUUGUAUAUUCACUUGUAUUCAACUGUAUCCACUGACCUGUGACAGAAAACAUCUGUCACUACACGUGUGCAGGGUGUGAAUGAAACUGACUUAAAAGAGAACGGCCAGGCUGUCAUAUUGUUCACAAAGCCUUGUGCCACGAGCGCGAACUUUGCGCCUCACGUUUUGAGUGGUUCACGGGCUCAAGAAGCGUUUCCUUUCUUUGUUUUAUUUCUUGAUGCAUCUUUAUUUAAGGACUUUAGCCUUUAGAACCACGUUGUUUAAUGUGACCUGUCGCGCAUUCAAUAUCGUAGUACAAUUGAAGUUCACGUGCUACAAAUAACGACUGGUACGUUUGUUUUCCUCAGUUAUUGUUCGAGAUCUGGUCAGUGCGGCUGCCUGCAGUGUUUUCUCCUUGUCUUUGCAUAUCUGUGUUGUUCCUUUUGUCAUUGAUGUGAUUAUCCUGUGUAUCUUCCGUGUCUUGAACUCCUGGUGGUGAAUGACUUGUGCAGAUUAGAGGUGUUUUAUGUCUUCGUGACAGAGCAUCCAAGCAGUUCGUUUCUAUUUUUUUUUUUUUUUUGGCUACGUUCAUUGUAGAUGACAUUUUCUUCAGCAUGCGAACAAUAUUUUUGCUUUGGAUGGUGCCAAAACUUAUUUAAUUGCUGUCAUGCCAAUGAAUAUGUAUGCUGGCAUGAUACUUCUUCUAACUUAUUUUUCUUUCUAUUUGCAUUUAUGUGAACAUUGCCUUGCUGCAUACCAAAAUAUCGCUUUUCAACCUUCACAGUGUCACGUUUGCUUGUUCGUUUGAGCUAACAGAUAUCGUACCAACAAGCAGCGUUUGAUGCUGUCAAGUUUUUUCCGUAAUCCCACCUGUCGUGCAUUGAAUGUUGUAAUGGGCCAGAGCACGUCAUAUCGCUUCAACGCCAUCUACAUAUAAAUUUGAGCACAGGACCCAGACCCCAU